AAGUUUCUUAACACACCAACAAAAUGAAGUUUUCUUUAGUGAUAUUACAGCUAGUAUUAGUGCUAGCACCUUUCGCCUUCUCAGUUAGUUUAAGAGAACCUGAAAUUCCUGCCUUCAUUAAAACAUUGAAGGAAAUGCACCAAGGGCCACCAAGGCAUCCGACUACCAGGAAAUCCCAUGUUAAGACUCGCUGGAUCACCCAAAAACUCGACAACUUUGAUGAGGCCAAUACUGCGACCUGGCAAAACCGCAUUCUGAUUAACGAGCACAACUUCGUAGAGGGAUCCCCGAUAUUCAUAUAUCUUGGUGGGGAAUGGGUAAUACAACCUGGAGAUAUAGGAUCAGUACAUCUGGCAGACAUCGCAAAGGAACAUAAUGGCACCAUUCUUACCACAGAACAUCGAUUCUUUGGCGAGAGUAUCCCCAUUAAGCCCCUGUCCACAGAAAACCUUAGCAAGUAUCAAAAUGUGAAGCAGGCCUUGGCCGAUGUGGUGAAUGUUAUUAAGGUACUUAAGGAGGAGGACAAGUACAAGGAUUCGAAGGUCGUCGUUCAAGGAUGUUCCUACUCUGCAACCAUGGCAACUUGGCUCAAGAAAUUGUAUCCCGAUGUCAUUGUGGGCAGUUGGGCAUCCAGUGCUCCCCUUGAAGCCAAGGUUAACUUUAGAGAGUUCAUGAAAGUUGUUGGAGAAGCAUACAGAGAGCUAGGUGGAGACUAUUGCUACGACAUCAUUAAUAACGCCACAUCCUACUAUGAAAAUUUGUUUUACAACGGACAGGGAGCCCAGGCCAAGAAAGAAUUAAACCUCUGCAGUAACUUUGACGAGGAUGACGAACAAGAUCAGUGGCAAUACUUCAGCACUGUUGCGAACGUUUUCGCUAACAUCGCUCAAUACCAGAAACCCGAGAACUAUGACUUGGCCCAGUACUGUUCCGUCCUGCGCAGCUUCAGUGACAACGAUUAUGUAGCCUUGUCUAAAUUUGUGCAAUGGCGUCUCGGAUAUCCGGCUUGUGUCAACACCAGAUACCAAGACUCUGUCGAUUACUACUUGUGGUCGAAGGACAACUACGACGGCGAUGGUCUGGCUUGGACGUUCCAAACUUGCAGUGAAUUUGGCUGGUUCCAGUCCUCUGGUAGUCGCAAUCAACCGUUUGGAUCUAAUUUCCCAGUCACCCUUUACACCGACAUUUGUGAAGAUGUUUUCGGAUCUAACUACUCUGAGGCAAAUAUUCGCAAGCUAAUCAGGGAGACAAAUUAUGAGUUUGGAGGUAUUGAAAACGUUGAGGGCGUUUAUUUUACUCAGGGUGGUUUAGAUCCCUGGGCCAGGGUUGGAGCCGGCUUGGCACAAGCAGCCACCAUUUAUCCACAAGCUUCUCACUGCUCUGAUCUGGGCUCAAUUGGUGCCUCUGACAGUGCAGCCUUGCGCGCCUCUAAGGAGCGUAUUGCAGAGCUUAUUCGCGAGUGGCUUGCAUAAGAUCGAAAAAAAAAAAAAAAAAAGAA